CUGUCGAAGAAUCAAGUAAAUAGAAUCGGAGCUUGAACCGCAAGUUUAGUGCUCGCCGAUGACGUCACUGCUCCACAUUGAGCUGGCGGAGUUGUGGGGAGAGCGAGGGAGAGAGAUAGAGAGAGGCGCGCCGUAGUAAAGCGCACACCGCCAUGAAGUUCUCCCUCUGAAAACUUCAUUGUUGUCGCUUGCGCAAGUCGCGAAGAGGAGGAGGAAGACGACGACGGUCGAGAGAGAGCGGAUUCUGCCUUGUCCCGGUUCCGCCGGACCGUGGGGGUGAGAGACUUCGCGCGAUCCCCGGGAAGAGACGAUUUUGGGGUUUGGUUUGGUUUGGUUUUUUUUUUUUUUUUUUUGGGUUGCCCGCCGCGCCGCGUUUCUCCCGUGGCCGCUGAAGCCAUGUCGUCCGCGGCGGUCUCUGCCUCCAGAAGGCAGUCGUGCUACUUGUGUGACCUGCCGCGCAUGCCGUGGGCCAUGAUCUGGGAUUUUACCGAGCCCGUCUGCAGGGGAUGUGUCAACUACGAGGGCGCCGACCGGAUCGAGUUUGUCAUCGAGACGGCCCGCCAGCUCAAGAGGGCUCACGGGUUUCAGGAGGGGAGGUCUCCGGGUCCGGGCAAGUCGCAGCUCUCCGGGAAGGAGAUUCAGGCUAUCAACCACUCGGCGGCGGACCCCGGCUCACGGCCGCCUCAGCCGCUGGACCGCUACCCCCUCUCCUCCGAGCGCCCGCCCCGGCUGGGCCCAGAGUACCAGUCUGGCAGGCAGGCCAACGGCAUUCCUGUCCCGAACGGAUUUCCUAAACCAGACGACCCGCCAGAACUGAACCGCCAAAGCCCCAACCCUCGCAGGAAUAGCGCGGUCCCCCCGAAUUUAGUGCCUUUGGUUAACGGGACCAUGCCUCCCGUGCACGUCGUCAACGGCCGAUCGGUGCAGAUGGGGGGGCUUCCGUCCGCCUUGGCGGCAGGUAGUCCGGGCGAGCUGGGCAAGCGACCCGCCUCCGUGUCCAGCAGCGAGCACGACCGGGAGGUGAAGGAUAAGCACAGACCGGACAGCCUGACGCCGGAGAUCUCCGACAGCCACAAAAACAGGGCCGAGCAGGACUGGAUGAGCAAGGGGAAAACAGUGAGGGAUUUGAUGGCUCUCCACACGUUCGACAGCAGGUUCAAGAAGGAUCAUGCCCCCAUGCAGCAAAGGGUCAUGGGCUACGAGGCCAGCGCCACGGCUUCCAAGUCAGACAGAGGAAAACACCCCCGGAGCAUGAAGAGAAAAGCCUCGCCUGAACCAGAGGGAGAGGGGACUGCAGCCAAGCUAAACGGAGAAGGCCAGCAGUGGUUACCCCCACCUGCCGACGGACUCAAAAUGCCACCGGUUCCCCCGCCGAGCUUCGCCUCGCCCCCCUCCACGAUAUCCCCCCACUCCCGCACCACCCCGCCUGAGGCUGCACAGAACGGCCAGUCCCCCAUGGCGGCGCUCAUCCUCGCAGCGGACAACGCAGGUGGGAACAGCUCUCCCAAGGACGCCAACCAGGUCCACUCCACGACCCGCAGGAACAGCAGCAGCCCCCUCUCGCCGUCCUCCUUGAGUCAGAGGAGGCUGACCCAGAGGGACGCGUCCGGCGCAGGUACCCCCCACGUGCCCGGCAUGGACCAAGUGCACCCCCAAAGCAUUCCGGACUCUUCAGUACCCGGCAGCAUACCCCUGUGCUGCACCCUGUGUCACGAGCGUUUGGAGGACACACACUUUGUUCAGUGCCCCUCUGUGCCCUCUCACAAGUUCUGCUUCCCCUGCUCGAGGGAGAGCAUAAAGCAGCAAGGGGCCACAGGUGAAGUGUACUGUCCAAGUGGAGAGAAAUGUCCCCUGGUUGGCUCGAAUGUACCAUGGGCUUUCAUGCAAGGAGAAAUCGCGACCAUCCUUGCGGGGGAUGUUAAAGUAAAAAAGGAGAGGGACCCUUGAUUUUAUUUGAACACUUUUUUUUUUUUUGAAGAGGGGGAGCAAAAUAUGAGUAUAAAUAUAUAAAUAUCACAUGCAUACCAUUCAAACAAACUAACGGACUUGUACAUAUUGGACCCAAGGGAAGAGUAUACUUCGUAAACAUGGUUGUAUAAUUUUUGAUUUUUGAAUACAUUGUGUUUCUAUAUUUUUGAAGAUAAAGGUAUGUACUCAUUAUAAAGGACUAUGUUCCUCUUUGUUGAUGUUUAACAAAAAUUCUUGAUGUACUUCUAGGUCUGGUGGCAGUUCCUGUUUAACGUAGAAUGUGACUAAUGCUACUCUACGAGCACUUGGCAAAACUGAAAUGCUUUUAGCUGUACUUGUAUGCACUUGUUUAAAAAUUGCCAAAUACAAUUUCUGAUCUUG